CCGCGCUCAGCUGUUGAUUUGCGCAACCACAGGGAACCAUAUUAGUCAUAGAGAAUCGUAUCCAACGGCAAACAAUGGCCAACGAAGAGGAGAACAAGCUAUUCAUCGAAUCGUUCUGCACGAACGUGCAAAAUCCCGAUCGCGCGGUUCGCCAACGUGCGCUUAAGCAGCUCGCCACGGAUUUCCUGCCGAAACAACCGGCCGCAGCCUGUUCCGCACUGUUUGAUGCCACCUAUUUGCACCUGCUUCGUUGCUACAGUGACCGGUUCGAGUCCAUCAGGACGCUCGCCGUGGAAACGAUUGAUCUGAUGCUGGAAAGACUGCCGGCAAACGAUUUUUAUCUCGGUUAUAUCGUUCCGGUGCUCGCCAAGCGAAUUGGCCAGGCAGAGAUCAUUGAAGAAAGUGAAGAGUUACGGUUACUGCUACUGGAGCAGCUCGAACGACUGGUGCAAAAGUAUCGCGAUCCGGACGGAACGGCUGGUGAUCCACUGUUGAAGGUGUUUGAUGAAAUCGUCGAUAUCCUGAUUAAAACACUACGAGAUCCCUACCCGGCAGCCCAGAAGAAGAGCUGUGAGAUCGUCAUGGCUCUCGGGACGGCAACGCCGAGUUUACAUUACCGUGCGGAGGCACUGGUCGCACCGGCGAAGACCGUUCUAUCACACCGCCAUUCUGCAAAUCGGAUAGUGGCCGUCGAAAUGCUUGGAUUACUGUCGCUGCACAUCCUCUCGAAUGGAGACCGCAUAUCGGAGAUCAUUAUGGCCAUCUCGCCCUUACUUAUGGACGAUGUACCGUACGUUAGGAGAGCCUGUGGACGUGUUGGAUGCUUGAUGUUGAUGAAGUUGCGUGAUCGCUAUUCAUUCUUCCAUCGUAUCUUGCCUUUGGUGCUGAACUGCUUAACCGACGAUACAGCCGAGGUACGCGACGAUAUCCUGGCCCGUUGGAAGGAAGCCGGCGAGCUGUACUACCUCGAAAAUGAAACGGAACUUUCGAAAGUCGCUCUGAUCGAGAAGCUACCCGAAGGCUAUCCGAUUAAUCGCUACACACGGCCUACUCUUGCUUGUCGCUCCAUCGUGCAGCGAAGCCUGCGUGUCGUUAACUUGGUACUGCGUGAGAUGGAAGAAUGGAAGGAAAACAUUCGGCUACACGCGACAAAACUUCUGAAGCAGAUCGUACUCCAUGCAGAAAGUUCCUUUUCUACGCUGUACGCAGAGGUGAAUCCCGUGCUAGCGAAGGCUUGCAUGGAUUCGGACAAGUCCAUCGUCAUGGAGGCAUUGAGCGUUUGCGAGUUGCUAGGUAUUCUGUUGGAUUACGACACGUGGAGUAAACAUGUGCUGAUUGAGUUCCGGAAGUUCCCCAGUAUCGGUCAGCUGCGCUGCAUGCGUACACUUUACGCUCACUGCGGGCAGUCUGAGGGGAAUCAAAAAGACAUCAAACGGUUCGUGGCCCUUCUGCUCGAUGUGGACGUUUGCCACAAUCAGAAGGAGGACUAUCAGUACGAACUGCUGGAGUUUUGUGAUGUUCUGGUGACCGAUAGUCGGAAGGGGCGUGAUCUGACGGCAAUGUUGGAAGAAAUUACAGUCAGCGACGGAGGAGACAGUGUGGAACAAUCGUUAGAAAGGAUGCUGUACACCGUCAUACUGAAGGUGGUUGCCUUUUGCUACGAAUCAAAGGGUACGAUUCGUGAGAAAGGAAUGAACGUAUUGAACCGUUUGGAUUCUGAUAUCGAUAAACUGCACGAGAUGCAUCUGGGUAGCGUUCUUGGUCGGAUUGAACAUUUGGAAAGUGAACAUUCUGAUGCAAGCACUAGUCUUAUGUUGCUGUGUGGCAUAGUUUCGAUUUGUCGCUUUCAGGAAUCGUACUUUGAACCGUUGCGGUUGACACUCGAGAAAGCCUUGUCCCAUGCUGCCCCGGAAGGGAAAGUCAAACUGUUUAGUGCUAUUUCCGUUGCAAUUCUAGGAUGGAGUGAGAAAAAUAACCAAGAUAACGACGUUCAGCUAUCAUUACUGAAACCUUUUAUCGAUGGGCUUGUCGCUCCAUAUCUGGUAUGGGCUGCUGGAAGAAGCGCCGAAUCGAUACGUACAAUGGCAACGGCAUGUUUUGCCUCGUUGGCACAGGGAGUGAACGCCAAUGUGUAUGCUUCACUGCUGCCCGGGUACCUUAACAUCUUGGCUGGCCUAAUCGAGGAUAACAAUAUUGCAACGCGCGUCUACACGCUCAAAGCAUUGCUGCGCCUUGAGCCGUUAGAUUUGGAAUCCCUGAAGCUGCUAGCGUUUCCCAUCAUGUCGCGUCUGGACGAUCCAAGUGCCGAAGUGCGCGAACUGGCUGCCACCUGUCUCGGUUCCCUGAAGCUCAAAUCCCUCGUCGAUGCGGAUGAGGGUACGUUCGACCGAUGGCAAGAGAUACUGAAACAGAUCGUGUCGGUGAUGAUGUUGCAUCUCGAGCAUCCGGAAAUCAAACUGCGGUCGGCCAUUUUCGUUUCGAUGAAGCGGCUGUACGCUGACAACCGGGAGCUAAUCAGCCGCUUGGCUAAUGAAGUACCAUCGGGAUGCUCGUACAAGAAGGAUCUCGACCGCAUUACCGGCACUGCUGUCGAUGACUCGAUGUAGACAAGAAGUGGACCACCAUAACGCUGGGGCAUCUACACGAACCGUUCUCACGCUUAGUAACAUCUCGAUUCAUUCCAUUCUGCAUCCGCAUGAUGCCGACCGAGCCGACAAUGCCAGCAGGAGAUAAUUGUUUCAAUUCCCCCCGGCAAAUGGUCUUGCCGUCGUCGGGUUCUCGUUUGUGUUCGUUCGUUCAAUGGUACUUUUGUUCUCCUUUUUGGCGUGACCAUAGGAUGUCCGGUUUCACUCACUGCACAAUGCACGCUGGCUGGUGAUGAAAUCAAUCAGAAGAGUAUCAUAUUCCCGUGAGGUCGGAGGUCUCACUCGGAUACGAUGUAAUAGCCGGACCCGCUGCAAGGCUCUUUGCUGUAUCUUCCUUUCCAGCUUUGCCAUCGUGAAUGCUCUGAUUCAUGGAGGACCGAAGCUAAGUGCCUUAAUGGAAACCAUUUUUUUCUGAUUUCAUGGUGUAGAAAAGCGCUCUCAGCUAUUAUGCAUCAUAAACAGGUUGCAGAAUGAAAUUAUGGAGAUCAAUUGCUUCUUCUGCCAAUUGCACUUGCAAUGAGUGUUUCUUCGAUAUCUAGUGACUUCUAUUUGAUUGGACGGUUUGUGAACAGCACCACUA